CUUAAGAGCCACAGGAACACUAGAGGCGGACGGUGAUAGUUACUGUCCAGUACGUUAGUACGCAGUAGAGAUUCCUUCGAUGCAGGAUCAUAUUGGAGCUGGAUUUCUAUGUUUGAUUUUUUUUUCUUCCCAGAACUGUUUCUGUAUGUUCCUGGAGAUGUACAGCGUUUAAUGUUUAGAGAUGACUUGCUCCGUUUUGUAGCAUGUUUUGGGAAAUGCCCUGAAGCUCUGGAGUGGUCAGUUUUGGGGCUUAUUUAGCUCGAGUGAUGUGUACUGACAGCUGUAGCCGGACAGUUAUCUCAUAGCUACGGAUGUGAAGACUCCUCUUGUGGCAAUAUAGAUCCGAAAACAAAACAGUUCAGGUUAGCUUUAAGAAAAUGGUUCAAGUGGAACCUGCGACAUAGACGAGUAUAUUGACGAGUGUUUAAGAAAUAGCAUGUAAGCGGCAUCAUAAGCUGAUGAAAUAGCACAUGCAUCGUAGUUUGGGAAAUUAAAACGGACAACAUGAGGAUUUUAAGGGCUUUAAUGAGCAACGCAUCGAUCGGGAAGCUUGUUGAUCAUUACUCCAGGUUUUCUCCUUCGCCUCUGUCUAUGAAACAGUUCAUAGAUUUUGGUUCAGAAAAUGCAUGUGAGAAGACAUCUUUCAUGUUCCUGAGAGAGGAGCUGCCAGUCAGGCUGGCUAAUAUCAUGAAGGAGAUAAACCUUCUGCCUGAUAAUUUACUCAGGACACCUUCAGUGCGCCUGGUGCAGAGCUGGUACAUUCAAAGUCUCCUCGAUAUACUGGAGUUCAAAGAGAAAAAUGCAAAUGAUGGAAAAGUCAUUUUUGACUUCACAGAUGCAGUGAUCAAGAUCCUUAACAGGCAUAAUGAUGUGGUACCCACAAUGGCACAGGGAGUGGUAGAGUAUAAGGAGGCAUAUGGUACUGACCCUGUAACCAGCCAGAACAUGCAGUACUUCCUGGACCGCUUUUACAUGAGCAGAAUUUCCAUCAGAAUGCUCCUCAACCAGCACUCGCUGCUGUUUGGAGGGAAGGCGCAGGUGAACCCAGCUCAUCCUAAACAAAUAGGCAGCAUCGAUCCUUUCUGUCGUGUCACUGACGUGAUCAAAGAUGCAUAUGAAAAUGCUCGAGGCUUAUGUGACCGAUACUACAUGAACUCGCCAGAAUUAAAGCUAGAAGAAUUCAAUGGUAAAGAACCCAGCAAGCCCAUAACUGUGGUUUAUGUGCCAUCUCAUUUGUAUCACAUGGUGUUUGAAUUAUUCAAGAAUGCCAUGCGAGCCACCAUGGAGCUGUAUGGUGAUGUUAUGGAGUACCCUCCAGUUCAUGUUAAGAUUAUCCUAGGUCAUGAAGAUCUCACUGUGAAGGUCAGUGAUCUUGGAGGUGGGGUACCACUCAGGAAGAUUGACAGGCUGUUCACAUACACUUACUCCACUGCCCCGAGGCCUCAAAUGGACACAUCCCGUGCUGCACCUCUGGCUGGUUAUGGCUACGGUCUGCCCAUCUCCAGACUGUAUGCCAGGUACUUCCAGGGGGAACUGCAGCUCUACUCGAUGGAGGGCCACGGCACAGACGCUGUAAUAUACAUCAGAGCACUUUCUACAGAGUCCAUUGAAAGACUCCCAGUAUAUAACAAAUCAGCAUGGAAACAUUACAAGACGAACCACGAGGCAGAUGACUGGUGUGUGCCGAGCAAAGAGCCCAAAGACAUGAGCACCUUCCGCACCAUGUAGAGGUUUCUGUAUCAAAUACAGAUCACACAACGCCUGUUGAGAUUAUGUUAGUUGAAAUGUACAUUACAUUAUAGAAAUGUAAAGUAUGAAUGAAAAUUACUGCUAAAUGAAAGUGUUUGAUUUUCACUUACGUUGAAAUGAUUGUAUUGUUACAUGGAGUGCUCUAUCAAGUAUCUAGUGUUAUAAAAGUCACUGGGAAAGCCUGCAUUAGUCCAAAUGGUUGUGUUCGAAUGCUUUUUGAUUAGGUAUUGUGUUACAGCGAUUGCCAGUACUUCUUACGUGUUGACUUUUUGCAGAAUUUUUUAAAACAAAUUCUUUACAAACAUGUUAUUAAUAAGCUCAUAAGUGUUACAAAAUGAAUAAUGCUAACUAAAAUGAGUAGUUGUUGCUUUCACUGUCUAUUGCUGACUGGUGUAAUGAUGGUAGUAGCUAAUUACCAUGUAUGUAACUUUACUUACUGCUAAAAACAGCAACACACACACGUGAAAAUAAAUUUAUUGGUGCAGCUUGUACAUUCGUACCAGAGAAAUAACUGGAUAUUAGGCUUUCCUCAUGGUCUGACAAAGUCCUGUAUUGAAAACAAUAAAAAUCCAUUUCUCCAGGGACUCGGCAAAUUGUAUAACUAAUAUUGGUGCAAUUGAAACAGAUGGGAUUAAGACAGGACAUGCAAAUAAAAUUAAGAAAAUGAAUGACCAGACUACAUCAAAACUUUUAGCAUUCGCUAUUGUUUUGUUCAAUUUCAAGUCUUUAUCCCAAACCCUGCUUUGAUACUAAAACAAUUAUCUUUAAAAUCUUGACUAGAUGCUCAAUUAAUAGAGAAAGAGUAUUACCAUAACCAACGCAGUCAAACAAACUGCAACACCUAAAUAAUUUCACUUUUUGCUGUUUAGAAAUCGCAAAAUGGUCUUACACUAUUGAGCUAUUCUACUCAGUAGAAAACGUGUCCAAAAGUUUAAAUCAAUAAUGUUUUUCUUCUGAAGUUAAGGUGUAUAAAAUAUUUCAUUUGUACAUUUAAAAACCAUGUCACCAUUUGCCUGUUAAAAGACAAACAUAGUGCUUUCACUUGAGGACUGUACAAAGUUCCAGCAAAGAAGGUUUAUACAGAGGGACAGGAGACAUGUACUAAGUAAAAAGAGAUAGAAAGAGGUUUUUAAAAACAAAACUAAUUUUUGUUCCAAAAUUAGUGGCAUCUGUGUGUGAAUAUCUUGUUCUCUUAAAAAAUAAAGUCAAGAAACAUUAUUUUGUUGUGCACAUAAAAUACAAUAAAAAAUCUGUUUGGUCCAUAAAAGGUAGCACUCAAUCAUGUAGAUGGUCCACAGUGACGUGUUUCUCGAACCAGUUUCACAUAGCCCUAGCUAGGACUCGCUUUUUUUCUUGUGUUGGCGAAAGUUGUACAAUGGAGCACUUUAGGUUUAAGGCAUCAGGCAAAGAAUUAGACAAUUCUUAAAUCUGCUGUUUUCUGGUAUGAGCAGUACUUCUUAUUCAUUAAGGGUCCUACAAGAUGCACAGACAAUAACAUGUACCUGCUCUGCACUUUAGUUCCUACUAAUUAACGAUGGACUGAUUUUACAUUGACUGCAGUGACAUUUCCCCCCUGCGAUUGACGUUAGAAUUAAACAGCAAAAAAGCCGUCAGCUGCCUGCUUGACACGAACCAGGGUGUGUCAGUGCUUCAGAAAAGUAGAAAUAAAGAGGAGGAAAAAAAAAAA